UCUAGUAGAUUACUUUUGUUGUUAAUCAUGGCUAAUGACGAAGUGGUACUGAAGCAGUAUUUGACUAAAUACAGGCAUAGGGACUAUACUUGCCGCGAGGUAAUCAACCUGAUACAAGUGUACAGAAGUUUGACCUUUCGUCUGGAAGGCUUUGUCUUUAACAAUGGCACACGGAAGGACCUCCUAAAUCUCGAGGGCACGAUCCCAGUGAACUACAAAGGUACUUUCUAUAACAUUCCUGUGUGCAUAUGGCUAAUGGACACACACCCACAAAAUGCGCCGUUGUGUUUCGUGAAACCGACCCCAGACAUGUCUAUAAAGGUCUCAAGGUACGUCGACACUAACGGAAAAGUGUACCUUCCAUAUCUUCACGAGUGGACUCAAACUGGUUCUACUUUGCAGCAACUUAUUCAGUGUAUGAUCACUGCCUUUGGUGAGAUUCCUCCCGUCUAUUCUAAGCCUCGGACUGAAGCUAGACCACCUUAUCCAGUCAAUUCGUUCAUGCCUCAACCUUCUGGUUACCCUUACCCUCAAGUUUCUCCACAACCAGGCUACCCUACAUCUACACCUUAUCCCACAGCUUCAAACUUGCCAUACCCAGCAUAUGGGGCGCCAUAUCCUGGAGCGGUUAAUUCGAAUGGGUCACCAUAUCCGCCUGCUACAAAUCCGACACCAUACCCACCAACUUCAGGGUAUGGUCCUAGCCCUGAUGUGGGUGGGGGCACAAUAACUGAGGAGCACAUAAAGGCGUCUUUACUCUCAGCUGUAGAAGAUAAACUAAGGAGACGAUUGAAGGAGCAGUCUCAACAAUCACAAGCUGAGUUGGAAACCUUGAGACGUACACAACAUGAGCUUCGUGAAGGUAAAGCCAGACUUGAGGAUAUACUUGCUAAACUACAGAGAGAAAGGUCGGAGUUAGACAAGAAUGUAGCUAUUCUUCAAGAGAAAGAAAAGGAAUUAGGAGCUGCAGUUGAACGCUUAGCUGAGCAAGAGGGUGUUGAUGUUGAUGAGGCAGUUGUGACUACAGCUCCAUUAUAUUCCCAGCUUUUGAACGCUUUUGCUGAGGAGGCAACACUUGAGGAUGCUAUUUAUUACAUGGGAGAGGCACUUCGUAAAGAAGUGAUUGAUUUGGAUACGUUUUUGAAGCAAGUUCGUACUUUGGCACGUCGACAGUUUACUCUACGCGCAUUGAUGCACAAAUGCAGGCAAAAAGCGCAACUUGCGUGCUAGUACUAUUGUCUAUAGGCACUGAAAAGGGUAUAGUUAUAUUAAAUACCCAGUGUAAGUGCCUGUGAAGUCACCAUACACAGCAAAAUGGCGGUUGAAUUGAUAAGAAUUUGUCUUAUACUAUAUUAAUAAGUAUGUCACUUUUGCUAGUACUCUAUUUAAAUGAUCAGAUUGUUAAUGAACUAUAUCUCACUUUUAAUAGAAGAAUGCCCUAAAAUCUUACAUUCUCUACAUUAACAGUUAUGUUGAAAGUUAAAUGUUAAAAACAAGAUCCACAUCUAGUUUAUAAUUUCUGUAACCAUUAGUGUUAAUGAAUAUCAUUGUUUAUCAUUAAAUGUGAUAUCAUGUUAUCCUUAGAAAAAGUAUACACUUAUGGAUUAUUUACCUUUUUACUUGAUCUAUUAAAAAUACUCUUCACUUUGGUCGUCAUUGCUUCAAAAUGUUUGAAUUCCAUUAUAGACGGAAUCUACUAAAUUUAGAAGUAUUAACAAUUGGCUUUUUCUAUAAUUCUCUGAUAUAAGUGAUAGACAAUAAAAAUCUAUUGGUUUAUAAAUUUUUUCAUGAAAAUGCAACAUUAUACAUAUUAUGUAGUUUUAUUGUUGCACUAGAUGUUUGUAGAAGUAGUAGUGCCAUUUGAAAAGAGAAUGAGUGUAAAGUAUGAGUUCAAAGACAGCUUUAUAUACUUUGUUACUACAAGAAGCAUUUACACGAAAAAAAAUUUAGGCCUAAUAUUUACCCAUAUGUUAUCCAAAACAUUAUAGGUAAUGUACAUUUAUUAAUAAUCGACAAAUGGAAGGUCUUGCAAACAUUCUAUUACAUCCCGUUAUGAGGUUAGGGUCUAGCAGUCAAGAUUCCCAGAAACUUGUAUUGUAGUGUAAUUUUAUAAUCACAUAUUUAUUAAUUACAUAGUUUAUUUGAGAUAGUUUACACUUUAUAUCUCUGCCACGACCAGUUUGAGUAAUCGGCCAUUUUAAAUAUGGUGUUGACCAAACUUUACAAUCACAAGUGGAAAACCAAUUUAUGUGUGACGAGUGUAAAGUGUACAAAUAUUUUAUUUUUACUUAGCUGUAUGAAUUGCAAUUUAUUUAAUUUUUAUUUCGCUCAGGAUAAUGAGGACUGCUUUGUUCAUUCAUUAGUUGUACAGUAUACUGUUAAUAUAAUUAAUUAUAGACAAUUUUGGUAACUUACUGGGAGAUUAUUGUUAAUCAUUUUUUUAUAUCUUGAAUGUUUUAUGCUAAAACUUUAAUUGAAUUUCUACUAUAAAUUACGAUAAAUUGAUGGUUUUACUUGUAUUCGGGUAGGCUGUGCCUGAGAGAUCUCACUUUUACAACGGAAUGAAAAUGCACCAUAAAUGUUUAAUUCCAU